GUUAAAAAUACGCACCGAAUAAUUAGGAAAUGUCAAUAAAAUAAACUUUGGCGUUUUAGGAAAAAAAGGGAGAUAAGAUGAAUCCAAAUUUCGGACAAAGGAGCUUUCAGCAGCCAAUGUCACAAGGUCACAUGAUGAUGUCUCCAGGUCAGAUGAUGCAGACAGGCCAGGGUCAGUUUAUAAAUCCAGGUCAAGGUCACUUUGGAGGUCAAGGACAAGUAAUGAUGAGACCACAGAGCUUUAAUAACAACAUGAUGGGAAUGCAGAUGAGGCCAAAUGUUGCGCCACCGUCAUACACCCAGACCGUCAACCAGAGACCUCCGGGCAUGCAAGCAUCAUAUGGGCAAAGGCCUGGCAUAGCACCACCUGGUGUAGCACCACCUUCAUAUAACCAAGCCCUUAACCAAAGUUUUCAAAGGCCAAGGCAUAGUGUGCCAAACGUCAGUCGUAAUUCAGGGAAGUCAGAAGAGCAGAUUCAGAAAGAGAAGUAUUUCCAGCAGCAACAGGCUAAGCUCAAACAGUUUGGAAAAUCGGCAAGUGCACCUACUCUUGACCCAAACAAACUGGUUGAUUCCAUUUUUGGUGGAAAACCAUUGGCAAAACCAAAAGUCAGCAAAGUAACUGAAGCAAAAUCUCAGCCAGCUACAAUAGAGACAGAUGAUGGUUUUGGAGCCUUUUUGAGCAGCCCAGAAAGCCUGGUUCCCCCUCCUGCAACAAUGAGUCAGCCUCUACAGAACACUGGAAUCAGUCCACAGUCAAAUAUCAGUAACACAGUCACAGUGACACAGUCUGUUGCCAUGACAACACAAACACAAAUCACAGAAAAGAAAGACUUGACCAAAAUGAUGCUGGAUAGUUGUGACCUCACAGCACCACAGAAGGCUAAAGCAUUCCAUAAACCUGCCCUGAAGGAGAUAAAUCCAGUACAUGUAGCGGCCCCAGUACACCAUACCAGCCAGAGUGCCAGACGUUGGGAUAACAACCAGGAACUCUCUGAUCUCUUUGUACAAGAAGCUGUGAAAGAUGAAACGACACUACCGAAGAAACCAGCUAAACACGUGAGUCCAACCAGCAAACAUCCGCCCAAACCUCCACCGUGGCUCAGUGACGAGACAUUGAUACCACCACUGUAUAAACAGGUGAUGGAAGCUUGUGUCGUAGAUGGUCAGAUAUCAACAGAGAGACUGUACCCUAUCUUGGUGCUAAGUGGUCUACCGAAGGAGGUAUUGGGACAGCUCUGGACACUGUGUAAUAAGACAACUCCUGGCCAGCUUAUUGUGAAAGAACUGAAUCAGUUAUUGGCAGUGAUUGCUCUAACACAGAAUAACUACAAGGUCGAAACUCUAGAUAUUCUUCGUCGCUGCCCACAAGCCCCAGUUCCAUUUUUAGCACCAGCAGGCUCCACAGCCCCACCUCAGCAACAGGUUGUGAUAAUGCCACAGUCACCGACUCAACUUACAGGUGAAAUGCAACCACAGAGUCCCUUAGGCAUACCAACAGCUGGUCCAUUAGCUGGUCAGAUUGGGGCACAGUCUGCAGCUCAAAUCCCAGUCCAGACAUUUGGUCAUCCUCCGGCUCAGACUGGUCCAGCUGGUCAUGUGACACAAGCUCAAGCAGACAAUAUGGCUGCCAGUUUUCACCAGCCUCAGUCUGGUCCAUUCCCUAGUCAUGUGACUGGUAUCCAGGCAAUAAGUAUGACAUCACCAAUGACAUCAUCACCAGCUACAUUGCCUGUAACUCAGCUUCCUCCUGCAGGUUUAUCACCAGGAAUUGUGGGUAAUGUAGUCAAUAUGGCAGAUGAUGAAGAUGACUUUGCAGAUUUUCAGGGUGCCACAGUGCCCUCGCCUAAAGCAGGUUCCUUAGGAAAUCUGGUAAAAGAUACAAAAGAAGGCAUCCAGCCCCCUGUGAAAGACCCAUCGAAGUUUCUGUAUUCUGGGAAUGUAACAGCUGUAUCAGGUACAAAGAUGGAGUCACUUUCAUCACAGGAUCUUAAACAUUCUACGGUAGAGAACUUCUUUGGUAGUGAUGAUUCCUCAGAAGUAUCCAGUACUCGCAAAAUAAACAGAAACACGAAAGCAACCAGUCCAGAUGAAUAUUUUGAUGGGUACAAGUCUGCAGACAGUAAACCCUCAGAUAGUACCAGUCAGUUCAGUACAGACCAGUCUGAAGGUGAAGAUUUUAAAAACUUUGAGAACUACCUGGAUGAAUUUCAAAGGAAGAAAGAUUUACAAGACAAGGAGAGUCCAUUACACCGACCUAUCUCAAAGUUUCUUAAUAAGGAUAACACACCACCCUCACCCAACCGUUUUUUCAAAAAGCCAGACACUCCUGUCAAAAAACUUCCUAUACCAGUCCAUGUGAAAUUGCCAAACAAUCAGAAUCCAGCUUCAUCCGAUGAGUUCUCAGAUUUUGCAGAUUUCCAGUCUGCUCCUGUAGUUUCUACAGGGAACCAGUCUGGACAGUCAGAUUCAUUGAAAGCUUCUGCAUCUGCCAUUGAUCUUAUAGGUGAUGAAGAUAAGUAUGCAGCACUAAGAACUUUGGAUUUCUCCUCCCCUCCAGAUGAAAAUGAGCCUGAUCUUAUGGGUGAAGCAGAAGAUAUCAAGCCUCCAACAGAUUCAGAUGAAAAUUGGGCAGAUUUCCAAACAGCUUCUGGUGAUGCAGAUCAAAAUGCAGUUGGAGAUGGACUAAGCCAUGGUUCUACCCAAAUUAGUGAUACUAUAUCUGAUAAUAAAGAAGACUCUGACUGGGCAGCCUUUGAAACAGCUGAUGAGAACAAAAAGGCUGAAUCAGGCUGGUCUGCAGUUACUAGUGAAGCAGAUCUUGUGUCUAAUCAUAUGGUUACAAAUGGAGAUAAUAGUUUUGUUCCUCAAGCCUCCUUGGAUGUUGACUUUGGUAAAGAAGAGAAAAAUGAAACAGAUGACUGGGCUGGGUUUCAAGAUGGAACUGAUGAUUUUACAGACUUCCAGAGCUCAGUGAAGGAUACAACAAUUAAAUCAGAUGAAAAGAGCUCAGGUUUAAUAAGUGUGAAGAAAGAUAAACUUGAUUCAAAUGAAAUUUUAGGACUGUUUAAAGUUAAAUCAGAACCAGUGAGUUUGAAAAGUAGAGAUGAUGAUGUUACAUUCCCUGCCAAACCAGAAGUAUCAGUAUCAAGCAGUAUAAAUAAAAUGCAUGGAAUAAGUGAAAGUACUCAGAAAAACGACAGUUUAUCACCAACUGAGAAAAAGAAGCAAAAACAUUUCAGUGAAGAGGACGAUUUCAUGAAACCUCCUCCUUUAGACGACUUCGUUGAGGAGGAUCAUGAUGAUUUUGGAACUUAUUCUAGAGGAUAUGAUUUUGAUGAUAUCAUGAAACCUAAAGUUUCUGAAAAGAAAAAUGUAUAUGGAGUUUAUGGUGUGAAUGAUGCAUUUGUUGUUGAAGGACAUAAGAAAAAUACAAAUGAGCCGAAGAGUGUAUCGAUAGAAGUAACGAAAGAUUCUGAUGUUGAUAAUGACAGUGAUAGUGCCUCCUCUAAGGAUAAUGAUAUAUUCAGGGGGAAAUUUGGACUUGGAAAAGUAACUGGUGAAGAUUCACAGUCCAUAGCGAGUUUAGAGCUUGUAGUUAAUAGGAGUUUACAGAAUGUAAGAGAUGCAGCUGAAGGAGGGGAUACUCAGUCUGUAUCCAGCAGUGACUUUGGAAACUUCGAGGCCGGUGUUAAUCAGGAUGUUUUGCCGGAAUCGAAGUCUCUGGACAGUCUGGACCUUAGACGGGAAGAUGUGGCAGAGAAUGGAAGCAGCCAGGAAAACUCAGACAAGGAGGCAAAGGAAGAAAGUCCAUCAAGAGAUCAGCAUGAAUUUGUGAAGCCAGUCUUUGAUGUUGGAGUUCCCAGUGCAGGUUUACCUAUCAUUGGAGAUCGUUACAGUGCAAUUAUGCAUGAUGUACCUGGUAGUGACAAACAUGCGUAUGAAUGGCAGCGUUGCCUUGACAACUGUUGUCGUAUGAUCCAAGAUGCAAACAACAUGUUCAACUCGAUAAGUAGUUCCAGUGUGUGUAAUGAAGUGAUCAAAUCUUCACAAGGUUCGCAGUAUAUACAAGGUGUUAUAGAGAUCUACAGAGUGGUAUGUAAGAUAAUCGUCACAAUGAAAAAAUCAGGUAUCCAUAGUGAUAAACUUACACAGUAUCUGAAAGACAUAGAUCUUGCCUGGAAUAAUCUGACAGCCUUUCUCGUUGGUGGGUCAGUUAUGCCAGAUCCACAGAGCCUAGAUUUUAGUCACGGAUCAUUGCUGGAUGACGACUCGUCCUCCCAGUACAGAGCUUGUGGCGUGUGUUUACUGGACGUGGAAAUGAGAAUCAAAGGCAUGGACAAUGAGAACGACAAUGCCAAACUUACAUAUGGUCGGAGACAGUACCACGCUGCGUGCGCUAACUUUUGGAUAAAUUGUGUAGACUCGACUCUACCUGCAUUGAAAUUGCCAGAGUUAUUGUGAAACAUUCCUUGUCAUUGUUUUACUUAAAAACACAAGCCUUCAGAAACCUUCUAAUUUUUUAGAAAAAUUAAGUCAUCACUAGUUUUUUUUGGACGUCUGUAUGUUAUAAAUUUAUCUUUUCUAGUAACUUUGCCAUAAACUCGCAGAUUUUAAGCAGUCAAAUAUAGCUUUAAGUUACUACUGUAAAAGACUUAAAAUUCACAUGAACUUUAUUUCGUGAAUUUACUCAGACUUGUCCUAGUAAAUUUAUUGGAGAAAUGUUGAAAUGUUG